CUGUUAAUAUAGGCUUGGUAUGUCUGCGUUAAACUUGGAGGCAAUAGAAGUGAGAUGUAUAAAUUGCAGCCUGCUGGCUUGCCUUUAAAUAUUUCAGCUGGCUACUUGGGAGAGAACGUGGUCCCUGAGACAGAAGUAUGUCAAAAGACUUCUAGAGAUGCUGUCAACUUAAACGUGGCCCAAAAUGUCCACUUUGAAAACUGAACUCUUAUACUUUUCAAGACAGAUCAAAGAUUUCCAUCUCCUUUGGCAAGCCAUGGUUUGGAAAGUACUACAGCUAAACCUCCCAGUGAUGUUACUCACCACCCAGAAUAUGUUGCUUUUGCAGUAGUUCCUGUUUUUUUCAUCAUGGGCCUCUUGGGGGUUCUCAUCUGCCAUGUGCUUAAGAAAAAAGGGUACCGUUGUACAACAGAGGCUGAACAGGAGAUUGAAGAAGAAAAACUUGGAGAAAAUAUAGAAAUGAAUGAAACUGUUCAUGAAAAUAGUGACACCGUUGGACAAAUUGUCAACUAUAUUAUGAGAAAUGAAGCAAAUGUGGAUGUGUUAAAAGCCAUGGUAGCAGACAACAGUGUGUUUGACCCUGAGAGCCCUUUAACUCCUACCACUCCCGGGAGUCCUAUAAGUCCAGGCUCUCCUUUAUCUCCAGGUGUCAUCCUACAUAAACAUACUUGUCGUGGCCAUCACUUCCACACUGUUGGAGGAGUAGCAGAGAAGGAUGUUUGUACUCGCUGUAGUCAAAAAAGAUGGCACCUUAUAAAACCAGUCAACAAAUCCAAAGAGCAAAGAAAAAGCCGGCAAGGAGAAGUUACAGUACUUUCUGUGGGAAGGUUUAGAGUCACAAAAGUAGAGAACAAAUCAACUUCCAAAGAGCGGAAAAGCUUGAUGUCUGUUAGUGCUUUAGAAAGUGUCAAUGGUGAAGUGCCAGCCACUCCUGUGAAACAGGGUUCCAGAGAAGUGCCUACCACACCUGCAAAACAGAGUUCAACAGAAGUGCUUGCUGCUCCUGAACAGAGUUCAACGGAAGUGCCUGCAACACCUGUGAAACAGGGAGCACAAGAGAGAACAGGUUCAGAGUAACAAGUUGAGCUUCUAGAAGAAGCAUGUUUGAAAAAAUUUGGAGAAAUUGAAAACUAAGAAGAAGUGCAUAUUAUUUUAGGAAGUGUAUUUAUGGCACUAUAGUUCUUUGUACAUUCUAGCAUGGAAUGUAUAAGGGGGUAGGUCCUAAACAUUUAACAUUUUAGCUAAUAAAAUGAAUUAAUCAUAGUUGAUGUCAUAGCAUUGGUUUCUGUGGUCAGUAUACCUAGUUUACUGGCAUUAUCUUACAUAUAAAAACAUAUGGUAACUCUUUGGGGCAAGGGAGGGAUAAUGGGGGGACAAAAUCUAUCAGAAAAUCAUCACUGGUAUGUUUAAAUCAAAAUAUUUAAUGGGGUCAACAGUACGAGUAAUGAAAAACAAAACUUUUGCAUUUCCUUGAGCAUAAUCCCAUUAUUUUCCCAUUAUUAGUUAAGGUCUCAGGCCGCAGUGCUCUCUUUUUUUUUUUUU